AUGGCUGCUGAUCAAGCCACAACGCCCAACGGGCGAAUCAGAUCAGACGACACAGUUGAUGCUGCGCACAGCACUGACGGCGAGCUCAAGGCCGUCGAAGCUGGUGUUGAUGCCAGCAGAGGAUUGGGGGACAAGGAAAUUGGCAUCUCGUCAGUCGAAAAGGAGGAUGAGGCCUCAGCAUCGGCAACAACAACGACUCCAGCUGUCGAGGGACCUCCAAUGCAGCAGCCGCCAGCAGAUGAGCCCGAGGCUGGGCGGACAAAGGUCGAGACCACCCUCGUCAUCUUCGCGCUGUGUCUGGCGCUGUUCCUGGCCGCUCUGGACAUAACCAUCAUCACCACUGCCAUCCCGACCAUCUCCAACCACUUCAACUCCAGCGCCGGCUACGUCUGGAUCGGAAGCGCUUACAUGCUUGGCAACGCCACGUUCGUUCCGACAUGGGGCAAGAUUUCCGACAUCUUCGGCCGCAAGCCCACCCUCAUCGCUGCCGUUUCCAUCUUCUGGAUUGGGUCGCUGGUAUGCGGCCUUAGCAACAGCAUGGGCAUGCUGAUUGCUGGCCGUGCCAUUCAGGGUGUUGGCGGUGGCGGCGCUAUCGUCCUGCCCAACAUCUGCGUCUCCGAUCUUUUCUCUAUGCGCAAGCGCGGCAUGUACUUUGGCAUUUUUGGAAUGAUUUGGGCCCUUGCCUCGUCCAUCGGACCUAUUCUUGGUGGUGUCUUUACCAGCAAGGUUUCUUGGCGUUGGUGCUUCUACAUCAAUCUGCCUUUGAGCGGCGUUGGACUGAUCAUCCUCAUCUUCGUUCUCAAGUUGCACAACCCUCGCACGCCCAUCAAGCAGGGCUUGGCGGCCAUUGAUUGGUUUGGCAAUCUCCUCAUCAUUGGCGGUACACUUAUGCUGCUCUUUGGACUCGAGUUUGGCGGUGUUCAGUUCGCUUGGGACUCUGCUACCGUCAUCUGCCUACUCAUCUUUGGUGUUGUAACAAUCGUCCUCUUUGGCAUUUACGAGGCCCGAAUCGCCAAGUAUCCCGUCAUGCCCACUCGGCUUUUCAAUGAUAGAACCAGCAUUGCCUCUUACGGCGUGUCUAUCUUGCAUGCCAUGACGUUUAUAUCCGGCAGCUACUGGCUUCCGUUGUACUACCAGGCUAUUCUGGGCGCCUCGUCUCUUCUCUCUGGUGUAUAUCUCCUGCCAUACGCCUUAUCUCUAUCCGUCUUGUCGGCUGCAACGGGCAUCUUCAUCAAGAAGACGGGCAACUACAAGAUCCCCAUCAUAUUUGGUCUCAGCUUCAUGACCCUUGGUUUUGGUCUCCUUAUUGAUUUGGGCGCCAAUGAAAACUGGGCCAAGAUCAUCAUCUUCCAAAUCAUUGCCGGUAUUGGCGCUGGCCCCAUCUUCCAGUCUCCUCUCAUUGCCCUUCAGACCAACGUUGAGCCGCGCGAUAUUGGAGCCGCUACUGCCAGCUUCCAAUUUCUGCGUCAGCUUGGAACGUCUACCUCUGUCGUCAUUGGCGGCGUCAUCUUCGACAAUGAGAUGCAAAAGCAGCAGCCAUAUCUGAUUCGCGAACUUGGACCCGAGCUGGCCCAGAAGCUUUCCGGUGCUGAGGCUGCCUCAAGCGUGUUUUUAGUCGCCGGCUUAAAGGGUCACCAGCGAGAGGUUGCCAAAACCGCCUACUGGAACUCCAUGCAGAAAAUGUUCAUCGCCUACACCUGCUUCAUCUUCCUUGGUCUUCUCAUUAGCUUCUUCAUCAAGCAGAAGACGCUCAGCAAGCAACACACUGAGCACAAGACGGGUCUCGCAUCGCUUAAGCAAAACUUGAAGCAGAAGCAGCCCGAUGCCGAGAAGGCUGUGGGUGCUACUGAGGAAAAAUAA